GCGCCUGCUAUAUAAUCCUACGCCCCUCCCACCCACCGCCGCCUCUCGCCACCAACUCUCUCACUUUCUCAGGAGCGCUAGGGUUUCCUGCGGCGGCGGCGGCGGAGGAAGGCGGCUAUGGGGCACUCCAACGUGUGGAACUCGCACCCCAAGAACUACGGGCCCGGAUCCCGCGUCUGCCGGGUCUGCGCCAACCCUCACGGACUGAUCAGGAAGUACGGGCUGAUGUGCUGCAGGCAGUGCUUCCGCAGCAACGCCAAGGACAUUGGCUUCAUCAAGUACCGCUGAAGUCAGCUGUGGGCAAUAAGAAUACCAUCUUCCAGUAUGACAUGGACCAUGUGAUAGAAGCAGGGCGAUAAUUUAAAUUCCAGUGAUUUAGAUGUUUUGUUCAGAACUCUGCAAGUGAAUUCUGUUGCCUGUGUUUUUUAUGGAUAACUUGGCCAUGUCCAUAAUGUUCGAAUCAUGAGUUGCCUGCAUAUGUCCAGAAUUUGAGCUACCUUGUUUGAUGACCAUAUUAGCUGUGUCCUUUUGUCCAUGAA